AUGUGUAAAGCCCUGCAGGAGCGAUCGACAGCCCAGCAGCUGCUCAGAGAGAAAAUGGCGAUGUUGUUUGAACGCGCUAUCUUCAUAACUGUAAUAGCACUGACCUUUAUCACCUUGUGUGACACCAUCAAACCCACUCAGAGGCCGAAGUACCAGUACACCAAGAAACCCCCUCGAGAGGUGGUCCAAACUACUGUGUAUGUUGGCAAGCCUACGGUCACAGCAAGGAUUGUGGACUACACCAAAACAAGAGAGCGCUUCCCUGUGCACAUCACAGAGAGCACUACAGUUCCUGCUGACAGCUAUAUAGACUACCCUACAGACACCACCGCAUCGCCCACCACAGCCAAAGACAAUUACACGCUAGACUACAAUGAAUGCUACUUCAACUUCUGUGAGUGCUGCCCUCCAGAGAAAGGCCCACAAGGCUUCAAAGGAGACAUAGGUCUGCCAGGCCCGCCUGGAGAGAAGGGAGCAGCUGGACCCAAAGGUAUGCCAGGCCCAAUAGGACCAAAGGGCUUUUCCGGAUCUAAAGGGGAUAAAGGAGAGAAAGGAGAUCAAGGAAACAUAGGAUUGACAGGAUCUCCAGGCAUCCAAGGAAAGGCUGGAAUGAAAGGUGAGAUGGGUGUUAAAGGUGAGAAGGGUGCGGCCGGACUGCCAGGAUUCAAAGGUUCGAAAGGAGAAAAAGGAGAUCCAAAUUUGAAUGUGUCAAAGGGUGAUCAGGGAGAGCCAGGCAAAGAUGGACUACCGGGACCCCAAGGCAUAACUGGUGAUAAGGGUGAAAAGGGUGAUAGAGGAGAGUGUGGUUUACUUGGAGAGAGGGGCCAGAAAGGUGAGCCAGGUGAUCCUGGACCACCAGGUGUGCGUGGAGAUCCCGGUCCAUCUGGGCAGCACGGUAUGCACGGCACUCCAGGAAUCGCCGGAGAACGUGGGGAACCAGGAAUUCCCGGAGCAAAGGGUGAGCCAGGAGCACGUGGACCAGCAGGAGUCAAAGGUUUGAGAGGUCUGAGGGGAAUGAAGGGUGACCGCGGCCCCCAAGGGAAACGUGGAGACCGAGGCCUGCGGGGACUGAAGGGUUCUAUGGGUCAAAGCGGAUUGAGAGUACGGUCUGCUUUUAGCGUCGGCCUGUAUCCAAGCAAGUCUUUUCCUCCAUCGGGAUUCCCGGUUCGGUUCGACAAGGUCUUCUACAACGGAGAAAACCAUUACGACAUAGUCACGAGCAAAUUCAACUGCACCUACUCAGGAGUUUAUGUGUUCUCCUACCAGAUCACGGUGAGAAACAAGCCACUGCGUGCUUCUUUGGUGGUGAAUGGCAUGCGUAAGGUACGUUCGAGGGAUACUCUACAAGGUCAAGACAUUGACCAGGCUUCCAAUCUAGUGAUCCUGAAGCUGGAUGUUGGAGACCAGGUAUGGGUAGAGACGCUGAGAGACUGGAACGGUGUCUACUCUAGCAGCGAGGAUGACAGCACCUUCUCUGGGUUCUUGCUCUACCCUGACUAACACACUCUCCAUGGCUAGAUCUUGAACUGAACUUUACAUGACAUGGACAUGGGAGAAAUUUAUGACCAAUUACAGUAGAAGUAGUGUUUUUAUCAUAGAGAGAAAGAAGUGUACUGUUUAAACGAGUAUUAAAACGAGUAUCCCAUUUUAUUAACGCAUCAAAUAGGCUGAUUUGAUUUCAAAAUUAAAUCUAAUUUUGACUAAAAUCUUAUUCUAGACCACGGGUGCCCAAACUCGGUCCCGGAGGGCCUUGGCCAACUUGCCUCAAAUUGCCGGGAAGUUUCUAGUAUGCCUAGUAAGAGUUUGAUUAGUUGGUUCAGAUGUGUCUAAUUGGGGUUGGAGCUAAACUCUGCAGGACACCGGCAAGUUUGGCGACCCCUGUUCCAAACAAACAAAAUAACCCAAACAUCUAAGCUACAUAUCCACGAAAUUGUCAUGCAAUGCACAGUAUGUGUUGUGAGAGCACUGUGCAGCUCUUUUUACAGACUGUUUUGGACAUUUAGUAUAUGUUAAAACUUUCUGAAAAGGAAAUAAUUGUUUUAAUUAGAGAAGUCCUCUUUUAAUUAUUUUGCCUUAUGGUAUACAGUCCUUAUUUACCACUCAGAUAUCAGAGAAAUGCGUGAUUUAAAUGAUUCUGACAAAGAAAAACAUCAUGCUCCAUUUUAGCUUAUUGUUGAUUGGUUUCAUAUCAAUGAGCCUCAACGACAUACAGACAGGGUAUAUUGAAUAUUCCGCUCAACACGUUUUUCACAUUACUCAUAAGGUCAACAAAAUAAACAAAAAUGGUCAAAUAUGUUAUGUAUUGUAUGAAAUACAAAUCACAAUGUAGGCUUUGGGUUGAUGGGUUUCUGAGCACUAAAGUAAUAAAAUCAAG